AUGACGGACUUCCAGACGGCCUCCGGCUUCCUGGAGGAAAUCAAAAACCUUUGCAGCGAGCUGCUGAACGCAACGGAGGAAGACGUGUUCAACAAGCUGAGCCUCUACGACGAGCUGGAGCAGAAACUUAACAAGCUGCAGCCAAUAAUAACGCGCAUACGGAUUCGUAGGAACGAGCAGGAUGAGUCGAAGAGGACCUAUGGAGUGAAGAUGAUCAAAAGUGUGGACACUCUCCUGGAGAGGUAUGAUCUGCUCUACAGAAUCUACGAGGAGGAACUCACCAUCUUUAAAGAGAACUACGAAAUUGAAAAAAAAAAUAUCGUUGCGAAGAAGUUGCUGCAGGAGCAGCAGCGCAAGGAAUAUGAAGCGCAGCUACUCAACAGGGGGAGGGAAGAAACAAAAAAGGAGCACUUAGCUAUUCAACGGAUAAAUGAGGAAAAAAAAAGGGCCCUACAAAACACACAGGAGGAUCAUGCUCAUCGGAUGAACCGCGUGGAAACGAUAAAGGCGAUCAUUCAGGAGAAGUGCAGCUUCCUCUGUGACGAGAUCGCCGCCGCGUGCGACCGGGGCGCGGCCGUGCAGUACGUGUACGCGCAGUUGGGGAGGCCUCCGGGGGGGGGCAGCCCCGCCAGCCCCGACACCGCCGCUAACCCUGCUACCCCCGCUAACCCCGCCAACUGGCCGCUCCCCCUGGUGGACUGCCUCUACCUGGUGUACAGGCAAAACGAAUUCCAGCCAUUCAAGGAGGCACUCCAAAAUAUCAUCGAGUACCUAACGCACUUGCUCAAAAAUGUAGAUGACGAGCAAAUGAAGCUAAUCAACCUGAUGAACCAGCAGUUCCAAAAGAAUAUACUCUCGAAGAGGGGCACUCUUCUCCUUUUCGUUCUGAUUGGGUACGUGGUGAAGAAGGCGGGGGACGUGGGGCACGUGCUGAAGAAGCUUAACAGGCCAGUGGAUGAGAAAAACAUCUAUAUGUAUUUGGAGGAGCCAGACAUCGCUACUGACUACGAGGGGUGGAAAUCUUGGUACGAUGCUCUCCAAACUGCGCUCGAUGUGCUCUGCUCCUUCUUCCGCUGCGUCAACAAGUACUCCGACGCCCCCACGGACGAGCAGGUGCGCCAGGCCUUUUUGUAUUUGCGCGGGAAGUUUGCCGAGGCCCGCGUGAGAGAGGCCACUGGGUGA